UAUCCGUCGUCGGGAAAGGUGUUUGUCCAUUACUCCAUUACACUUUAUGUAUACAUAUAUAUAUAUACAAGAUAUAUGUCGAUAAAAAUAUAUACAUAAAAAUAAAAAAUAAUAUCAACAACUCAUAUAUAUAAUUACAGUACAAGUACAAGUUAAGUAUUCUCUGAAAACUAGAGUAUAAAUUAAUCAAGUCAACGUCAUCAAGAAGUCAAUCGUAAUCAGACGGAGGUGAUUGUUAUUAAAGACGUAAGCCGAGUCAUUAAGUAGUUUUAAACCCAGGUGUCCAGUGUGUUGCGUUACCGGAAGUCACUACCCAGGAAAAAUACGUCCAACGAAAAUAAAAAAAAAUAAUAAGACGAAAACGAAAAGCCAGCAGCAGAAUAAAAUAAAAAGUACGUCUGCGCGUAAUGGUGAACUAGGUGGGGGUAAUUUUAAACAAGAGCGAGAGAGAAGUGAUUGAUAGACAAGACACGAUAACAGCAACGUAGAGGAACACAAUCGUCCUCGUAGAUCGUGUAUUAAGUCACAUGGUCACGUGUUGCAUUCAUGAUCCAUCAGCUGCUUUAAUUCAUCCUCUUUAUUUAUUUAUUUUUUAUUCUGAGGAUCCAGAUUCCGAUCCAGACAGCCGACGCAUCUCAACCGAAGGCUGUAAGAAUGACAAGUCCACCAGUUUACGAAGGUGAAAACAGCCCGGAAUUGUCAUCAGAAUCAUUCUUGAGUACUUUGGAUCUAGUAUUACUUGCAUUAUUACUUUUCGCGGCAAUCUGGUACGUUCUGAAAAGAAACAGACAAGAUGAUUUGCCGCCAGCGACUAAAUCUUAUUCGAUACAGCCAACGAGUUUUACAUCAACGGCACCUACGGAGAACUCAUUUAUAAAAAAGUUACGAACAUCCGGACGUAGUCUCGUUGUAUUUUAUGGCAGUCAAACAGGAACUGGAGAAGAAUUCGCUGGAAGAUUGGCCAAAGAAGGUGUCCGCUAUCGAAUGAAAGGAAUGGUCGCUGAUCCAGAAGAAUGCGACAUGGAGGAACUUGUUAAUUUGAAGCAAAUAUCAAACAGUCUUGCUGUUUUUUGUCUGGCUACCUACGGAGAAGGCGAUCCUACUGACAACGCAAUGGAGUUUGUAGAUUGGCUCAAAAAUGGCGACGCUGAUCUUACGGGACUUAAUUACGCCGUCUUUGGAUUGGGUAACAAGACGUACGAACAUUACAAUGAGGUUGCUACUUAUGUUGACUUUAGACUUGAACAGCUUGGGGCCACGAGAGUUUUUGAAUGCGGACUGGGAGAUGACGAUGCCAACAUUGAGGACGACUUCAUAACAUGGAAAGACAAAUUCUGGCCGGCGGUCUGCGACUUCUUUGGUAUCGAAGGCGCUGGAGAAGAUGUCAGCAUCCGGCAGUACAAAUUAACUGAACAUGUCGAUGUACCGGCUGACAGAGUGUACACUGGAGAAAUAGCACGUCUCCAUUCGUUGGUUAAUCAGCGACCACCAUUCGAUGCUAAGAAUCCGUAUUUAGCACCAGUGAAAGUUAACCGUGAGCUCCAUGGCCCGACAUCAGAGCGCUCGUGUAUGCACAUCGAGUUUGAUAUCGAGGGAUCCAAGAUGCGGUACGACGCUGGAGACCACGUGGCGGUUUACCCGGUCAACAACAGCGAACUGGUUGAAAAAAUAGGAAAGGUAUGCGAAGUUGACUUGGAUACCGUGAUAACGUUGACAAACACCGACGAGGAAUCAACCAAGAAGCAUCCGUUCCCUUGUCCCUGUUCGUACAGAACAGCGCUUACGCACUACAUCGACAUUACCAGCAACCCCAGGACUCACGUUCUAAAAGAACUGGCUGAGUACUGCAGCGACCCAGCAGACAAAGAGAAACUGAAGCUCAUGGCCUCGACAACCGCCGAAGGCAAAGCGCUCUUCCACCAGUGGGUUACCAACGAAAACCGCAACAUCGUCCACAUUCUCGAAGACAUUCCGAGUCUGAAACCAGCGCUGGACCAUCUCUGCGAGCUGCUACCACGUCUCCAGUGUCGUUACUACUCCAUAUCUUCGUCUCCGAAGCUACACCCGACGUCAAUUCACAUAACCGCCGUCGUCGUCGAGUACAAGACACCCACCGGGCGCAUCAAUCACGGAGUAACCACCACCUGGCUCAAAAAUAAACACCCAACUGAUCCUCCCAGCUACGUCCCUAUUUUCGUAAGGAAGUCGCAGUUCAGGCUCCCAGUGCGCACCAUCACUCCAAUCAUCAUGGUCGGACCCGGUACCGGCAUCGCUCCCUUCCGCGGGUUCAUCCAAGAACGCGACACAGCCCGCAAAGAAGGCAAAGAAGUCGGCGACACCAUUCUCUACUUCGGGUGCCGCAAAAGCAAAGAAGAUUUUCUUUACCGCGAUGAGUUAGAGGCCUACGUUAAGAGCGGAACCCUGAAGCUGCACACGGCCUUCAGUCGCGAGCAGGAGAAGAAAAUUUAUGUAACUCAUCUGCUAGAGAAAAAUAAGGACGAGAUCUGGGAUGUAAUUGGCGCUAAAAAUGGUCACGUUUACAUCUGCGGUGACGCGCGUAAUAUGGCUCGUGAUGUACACAAUAUUUUACUGAAAGUAGUACAAGAAAAAGGUAAAAUGACUGAAAUGCAGGCUGCUGACUACAUUAAGAAAAUGGAGACACAGAAACGUUACUCCACUGACGUCUGGAGUUGAGUACACCCUUAGCUGCUAUUAUUAUUUAAUCGCAAUAAUUGAUAACGUACUUGUCGAUUUAUUGAAUCGACAUCAAAAGUACGUCAAUAUUACGAUAAUUUUUUGAGAUUGUCAUCGUGAGAAAGGAAAUCCUCCACGCAUAGAAAUAGGAAAUUGAAUAAAAUAUUUUUCAUGUAUAUAAUUACGUCCGUUACAGCGAUUAUUAAUUUAAAAAUAAUCAGCGCACUUUUAUAGGUGUCGAAGAUUUUACUUGAUCAUUUUUUUAUAGAUAAAUUACUUAUUAAUAAUGAUAGUAAUAAUAAUAAUAAUAAUAAUAAUAAUAAUAAUAAAAAUACUGUAAUUGUCAAUUUUUAUUUAUAAGAAAAAAUUAUAUAUAUAUAAUGUAUAAAUAUAUAUGUCUAUUUUUAA